GAACCUCCACCAUUACACUCUACUACAGGUCCGUAUUCAGCAGCGCUACUUCCGGUUUCCGGUUUGGUUCAACAGUGAAGAUGGCGGCGCCCACAAAGAAGAACACGAGUGUCGCCUGUGUGAUUCCAGGAGGAUUUACAGUAUUGUCUCUGAAGUUCUGCUCAAACAGUACAGCACAGCACCAACUGUGUGUGAAAGAGCACAGAGUGAGGGCAGAAAGUAGCGCACACAGACCACAAGACAGGACACUGUUUGUCCUCAACAUCCCUCCAUACUGCUCACAGAGUGUGGUGAAGGACAUGUUCUCUCAGUUUGGUCCGAUUCAGCAUGUGGAACUGAGUGAGAAACCGGGAGCAGUUGAAGAUAAGCAACCAGACCUGUCGCCAUAUUUCACACCUGCACAGAAGCGGUGUUUUAAGGUGGCCUACGUGGUGUUUAAACACUCCUCCGGUGUAGCAGCAGCUAAAGCACAUCCAUAUGAUUCUCCUCUCAUUGUCUCCACUACAGAAAAACCAGUUCAGACCGGCCUCAAGAAGUGGAUCCAUGAAUACAAACAGACUUUCAUCAAGCCAGAGCUUCUGCAGAAGGCGGUUGAUGACUUCAUGAGCCAGUACGACAAGAGGAAAGAGGAGGUGUGUGUCUCUGUGUGUGUGUGUGUCUCUGUCUGUGUGUGUGUGUGUGUCUCUGUGUGUGUGUGUCUCUGUGUG